AUGGAAAGAAAGCUCCUAAAGAAGGAAAUGAAAAAACUCCUGGGAGAUUAUAUUGGCAUCAGACUUCGGGAAAAUGAAUUUGACCCAAAAGGAAGAAGGCAACUCACCUUUCUAGAUGAUAUGGCACACUAUGACUUGGCCAUCAAUGUUGCUUUGCAAUGGCUGGAUCACUUGGAAGACUUCACUUGGCUUGAGUGGGAGAAAGUGAAAAUGCCAUUUCAUGGCAGACCCACAUAUCCAAACCGGAAAGAAAGAGAAGCAAUGAUUUUAUCAUCUUACGCUGGAAUCUUAAUGAACAGUCUCCCAGUUGAGGAAGUCUUUAAAAUGUAUGGAGCCGAUUCUUCUACCAAUACUGGGGCCACCAAGGUUCCCCGAGCUCCACCUUUCCGCCUCUCCUUGCACCCCUUUGCCAUGUUAAUGGCACCCAAAGCAGCAGAAUACGCCCGCAAACAGGGUGUCAAGUUAAGAAGGGGAGCAAACAAAAACGCCGCCAGCAGCUCUGCAAGGGAAGUAAAUGUCACAGCAUGGAAAUCAUCAAAAACUGUAUCUUUGGACAUCCAGCCCAAGAACAAAGUAGGUCUAAAAAUGCAAAUUGGACCAAACUGAUAACGGAGAGUUUGGGGAGUAUUUUACUUACAUUGUGGUUAAAAGUCUAG